AAUCAGAGAGUCUUGACUCAGUUCGAAAGUAGACGCACGGUGGUUCGGACGGCUAUACGCUUCGCGACAAGGCGUAAGAACGCGCGCCAUACGUUGACAUUCUAAAUUCAAAUCUGACAGUUCGAAAUUUAAGUUUUCAAUUUAUGUGAAUAGUGCUGUGAUUCAAAUCAUUAGAUUGUGAUUUUUCACCAUACAAUUGGAUAUUCAAACUCUAUACCUACCUGGAUUGUUGAUUGUGUAACUAUACAGAAGAUGUUCGCCCUGUGAGCCAUGGACCCACUAACGUGGCUGUCGCUGGGCCUGCAGCUGGCGGCUCUGUGCUCCAUCGUAGGGGCGCUGCUGCUGUACCUGCUGAGAAAGGUCCGCGUGGCUGAGGUGCUGCCGGUGGACAGCGCGAAGACUGUGCUCGUCACGUCUGUGGACACCGCGCUGGGGUUGCAGAUCGCAACAUACCUUAGCGGUAGAGGCUGGCGCGUCAUCGCGGGCUGCCGGCCAGGUGGACUUGGGGCCAGGUUGGCAGACUCCUGGCUGCAAGCUCACAUAGCCUCGGCGCCGGAAGACCAGCCCCCACCGAGGCUGGCCACCCUUGAGCUGGAUGUGGCGAGGGAAGACCUUUUAGAAGAAGCGGCAAGAGCUACUGCGCAGCACUUGCCUGCGGGAGAACAUGGUAUCUGGGCGGUGAUCAACACCGCUGGCAGCAGCGGGCGUGGAGGCGCUGCGUGCUGGGAGGGCGCCCUCAGAGGGAACGUGCUCGGCGCCCUGCGAGUAGCAAGAACCUUCUCGCCUCUGCUGGCUGCAGCUGCCGCCGACCACCCUCACGCUGGCCGACUGUUUUACAUCGGACUAACAUCAGACACAGCCUGCGACAGCUUAUCCCGCGUUGAAGCAGGCGACUCUGGCGAGACGAGCGCGGGCGCGGCGGCAGUGCGAUGGGGCACGUGGGGUGCUGCGCGUGCAUUGCGCGCGUCCCUGCGCGCACGCCGCUUGCACGUCGUGCUGCUGCACGCGCCCGACUUGUCGGCCGCUGAGAUUUACGCGCCGCCUGUACAGCUGGUAGCACCGAGUCAGCCUGCGAGCCGGCCUGAAACCCCAAGCUCAGACGUGAGCACAACCACAGCCAGUUGCGCCGUGACGAUGCCCGGCGAAGCAGCAGAAUACAGCGCCAAGGUUCUCCCCACCAGCGCCCUGAAGGUCCUAGAAGACGCCCUCACCACCCCCGCACCCCGGGACUCAUACUAUCUUAAGAUGAAACACGACUCGUGGUUCACUAGGAUGCCAUCUCUGAGAGUGGCAUGAGAAUGCAAUCAGACCGAUGUAUGUCCCUUGAGGAACUUCGUAAUCUUCUUUCGCGUGACGUGAAAAGAACUGUUUCAGUGAUUGACUAUGAAAAUGGAGUAAACAGAUUCUAGCUGAUUUCCAAACCCAUAAAUCGACGUAAUACUUUCAUCAUCAUUUUGUAAUGGUUUCCUUAUUGGACAGGAUUAAGCAUUUAACAUGUUAUUUAUCAGUCGCAAAGAUAUUCAUAUAAGGAAGGAAGAAGGGAUCAUUUCAUAGAUAGCAAAAGCUAUAAUAACAAUAUCUUUUUAAUAACUUAGUGACAAUAGACCCUGUAAUCAUUCAAAUUACAAACUGCUUGUCUUAUUUGAUCAUCAGCUCUCCUCUUGUGAGAUUAGGAAGCUGGGUAUCAAAUGGGUGAUCUAAAUUAAAAUAAUGAAGCACAUAAUGAUACUAGGUUGUGUGAAAAUUUUACGAGUAUACAAUUAUAUUACGCAUCAUAUUAUAAUCACAUUUUCUAUGCUUUACACCUUAAGUUGGUAAUAAGUUUUGACGACCUGCUAAUCCCCAUUAUAUCGAAGGUUCGGGAUAGCAGAUGUGGUGCCAAGCUUUGGGUACUUACUUACUCGACA